AUGGCUCAAAGAUCAUUAUACGGACAAUCAAAACAAGAACAAUCGCACGGUUCUGCAACAGAAUACGAUGAUGGUACUUCAAUGAAUCUAGCAUUAGUUCCGGUUCCCAAAGAGCCCAAAGAUUACAUAAAUUGGAUUAAACAACAGAUACAACCAGGGAAGCAUUCAAAUUGGAUUGAACUUGAUAAGCUAAAAUCCCUUUUGUUGAAUUCAUCAAUGAAAGACGAAGCUAAACGUGAAGAUUGGUAUGAACCUUUCUUUCGACGUUUAUUUAAUUCAUUAAACAAUAUAUUAAACAAAGAAAAUUAUUAUUCAGACCCCUCAGAGAGUACGCUGAAAAUGAUAAGAGAAUACAAUGUCUGUCUAAAUUACGUUCUAAAUCGACGAACAAAGUCAAAUAUGUUAAACGAAAAAUAUGUUACUGAUCGUAUGAAAUAUGAAAUUAUACUAGCUAAACGUGAUUAUUGUUCAAAAGAUUUAAUAGUUAAAAAUAUUACUAACGCAUCACCAUUAAACAAACAACAGCGACAAUUAUUAAUUAAUUAUUUGGAUAAAUGUAUUUCAUUACAUAACAGCAUUGAAAUACGAGGAAUUGCUGAAAAUAUCAUAGAAUUCGUUGAUCAAUUUAAUAACAAUAAUAAUUAUUAUUUCCAACUAUCAUCAGAAGAUCUAGAAAUACUUCAGCAUGAAUUAAAUUAUUUUCAUGUUCCAAUUGGAAAAGCAUACUUACGUUUAGAACAAGAUUGUACUUCAAUUCAUGAAAGAUCACAAACAUUAAAAUUAGUUUUUAAUGAUAAUAAUCGAAAGCAAAAUGAAUCAGAUCUCUAUUAUGAAAUAGCUUCAUUACCGUUUGCGUCAUCUGUAAAUAAAUCAAAACAUUUUGUUCACGUAUAUGACUCAUCUAAAGACUCAUCUUUAAGUAAAUGGACGGUAAUUUUAGGUGAUCCAGGAAGUGGAAAAACAACGUUUGCUCGAUGUAUAGCUUUGAAACAGGCUCACAUAGCUCUUGAUUUUUGUUUAUCUCCUACGUCUUCUAAAGAAGAACCUCAUAUUCCAAUACUGAUACGUAUUGGCGAAUUUGCUCAUUUUCUACAAAACAAUAAAACAUCAUCCUUGUUUGAAUAUAUUGGUCAACAUACAUGGUUUGGUAACUCAGUGUUUGUGAAUCAAUCAACCGAAAAGCAAAUCAAAGAAUGUUGUUCAGUAUUACAACGAUAUGUGAUUAAUGGUAAAGCAUUAAUUAUACUAGAUGGUCUCGAUGAAGUUCAUAAAUAUGACUUACGUCGUCAAAUUGUACGGUUAGUUAAAAAUUUUGCUGACAUGUAUGUUUUAACAUCCAAUUUUGUAUCAGGGUUCGAUAAUAUAACAUUAUGUGCUCGGCUAGACAUAUUGCCUAAUGGUAUUGGUGGAAAUCAGCUUAUUGUUACUAGUCGUAUCGUUGGCUACUAUAUGGAGCCAUUGAAUGGUGAUCUUAUUUCUCAUUAUGUUAUUCAGCCAAUGAAUUAUGAUGAUAUUACAUUGUUUGUUAAGAAUUGGUUCGCUAAUGUUUUCGGUAAAAUAAUUCAAAUACUGCAAUCAAAACUUCCUCAGUUAAAAAUUGAUGAUAAACAACCAGAACAGAAGGCUGAACUCUUAGUAAAUGAAUUAAAACAUAGCUCUUCAACAGCCGAUGUUGAUCAUCGAACAUCGAUCAGUCAAGUGAUAUCUAAUCCACUCCUGUUAUCUAUAAUUUGUACUUUAGCAUCACAACGUUGCGGAAAACUGUUGCCAACUCAACGAAUACAUAUCUAUUCGAAUAUAGUAAAAUCAAUUUUAAAAAUAUGGCAAAGAAAAAUAUUGAGUUUAUCGGAUCACAAUUUAAAUUGGAUUUUAUCUGAUCUAGCCACAUAUCUCCAUCAAAACAGUUCAUCUGGUUUAAUUGAUGAACUUGAUCUUAAACGAUUAUGUUACAAAUCAUUAAAAGUUCAGAUGUCGUUAAUAACAACAACAAUAGCAAGUGAAAAUACAGUUACGAAACAAGUUGAUGAAUUUAUGGAUAUUAUACGUCAUGAUGAUGGUAUAAUAGCUGCACGAGGUGAACGAGUUUAUGGCUUCGUACAUUUAACAUUUCAAGAAUAUUUUACCUGUAUGAAUAUUGUAAAAACAUCAUUGAAGAGUAUUGAAAGUACUCCUGCAAUAGAUGCCGUUAUUAAUCGGUUUCUGUAUUAUAUAGCAGACGUUCGUUAUCGUGAACCAUUAAUUUUAGCACUUGGAUGGAUUAGUUGGUUAUGGUCAAAUGAUGAAUAUAACCUUUUUUGUUUGAAACUACUUGAUCCUAUUCAAGAACCAGUUUUAAAUCAACUUGUACCACGUGGGGCUCUACUUCUUUUGGCAUCAGUUGAUAAUUUGGUUCAUAAUCCAUCAGAAACAGUUGUUUAUCGACUUUUCGAUUGUUUACUAAAGGCUUCAUGUAUUAAUAACUGGACUUUUACUUAUCCAUAUUACAAUCUUCAACUUAAACAAAACAUAAAAAAGUUUUCAUCAGAAGCAAAAAAUCGAUUAGUAAAAAAGAUUUUAUCUGAAUCAACAGCGGAUACCGUUUUAGGAUUUAGUACACUAUUAUCCGAAAUAUUAAUUGAAGAAGUCUAUAUUCCUGUUUGGUGCGAUCAAGAAAUUUGUAAAAUGUUAGAAAGUUUUCUCAUUGCAGAUACGAUUGGUUAUGAGUACAUAAUUGAUCAGUGUUUAACAAGAAUAUCAGCUAUGGAUAAAAGCCUAUUAUCAUCAACUUCCAAUCAACUUCAGAAUUAUUUUUUAACGUCUUUGGAUACAACAUUAGAAUCAGCUACUACUAAUUCAAUACCAUCAUCUCUAUUAACUAUUCUGAUUGCACUUUAUAGUGGUUUAUAUUCUAUUAGUAACGAAGAUGAUACUGUAAUCAAAUUUUCACCAACGCACAUACAUCGAAAUUCUGCUUUAUCAAAAAUUAUAAUUCAAUACUUAGCUGAUUACAAAAAUAUGAAUUCAGUUAAACUAGAAGAAUUAACUACAUAUUGCAAACAGAAGCUAAAAAGUACUUCCGUCAAUGAUGAAUCAUUAGAAACAAUUGAUUUAUUCAUUGUUUUAUUAUGUUUGGAAGGUGUGGAAGUAUUGUUGGUGAAUGAAUCGUAUUAUUUAUACAAAGCGUUACAUUUGGCUUCACAUAGCCUGAAACGAAUAUCAUAUUAUUUGAGACAAACGUAUAUUAUUAAAUGCAAUGAUCCAGCAAAUUUUAAUUCUAUGCUACGAAAUAUAAUUGAUGAUUACAUGAAAGUAAAUAAAAUUAAUAGUAUCGUAAAUGAAUCAGAAGCCGAUCAUUUUUUUACUUUCUUUCAAUCGAUUGUAAUGAGUUUUUAUCGUUUAACAAUUCUUGAUAUGUCAAUUUAUGAUAACACACAUUCACAUUCUCAAUAUUGCCUUCAACAUUUACAAUUAUUCGAAAGAAUAGAUUUUAUCCAACGUUUAAUGCAACACAAAGAUUUUAUGGAACAAUUUUUUACAUCAUAUCAACAGUACAUAUCAAAUUCUAAUUUUUUACCAGAAUAUAUGAAUAUAUUCUGCUGUUGUUAUUAUCGAGUAUUUGAUAAAGUAUACAUGGAAACGGCUGAAUAUCAUGAUAAACUCAAAAUAACUGAACAAAGACAUCCAAUUGAAAAAUAUAAAAAUGAUCCAUUCUAUUUAAUUGCAUAUACUCCAAAACAUUUUCAACAUUUAUAUAAACGUUUGAUACUAUCAAAUGAAUUAUGUGUACCCCAUAUAAAAGUAACAACGCAAUAUGCAUUACCUUAUGCUUAUUUAUUAACUGAUUGUUUAUUAUUAAAUAUUAAUGAUGGUAAUAUAAAGAAUAAUCCAUUACGUUUGGCACUUUUUCUUGUUGUUCUACAACCCAUUCUUUGUUCGUAUAGAAUGAGUAGUUUUACAUUCGGAUUACUUUGGAAAUAUUGUAAUGAUGAUGAAAAAUAUAAAAGAUUUUGGUAUUAUUAUGAUAAGUUUAUUGCAGAUAAGUCAAUAAAUAAGCUUUCAAUAAAUAUUGUUAAUCGAUAUGACAAAAUUGAACAACUGAAUAUGGCACUUAUUCAAGAACGUUGUCUUAUACAAGAUGCUUUGAAUUUAAAUGAUGAAAGAGAAGCCGAUUUAACGCUUUAUACAGCAUCGUUAUUCCUUGCUCAAAGUUCAACUAUAUCUAAAGAAUACAACGAAUUACGAACUGAAUCGCAGCAAACAGUACUAGCGAUCAAAAGUAGAAUAUUAAAAGUAUGUGCAUUUACUCAAAUUCUUAUUAUAAUCAAAUAUUCUUAUAGUAAUUAUUAUGAUUGUGUCUUAGUAAAUGAUUAUGAAGACAUAAAAAAUAAUCUAAUCAUAGCUGUAUCAAAACUACCAUCCAGUUUAUCCCCAUUGCUCUAUGCAAAGUUAGUCAUACAUUGUAUAGAAUUUAUGAAUACAAGCGAUGUUAAAAAUCAAUUAAUUGAUCGUAUUAUUAGCGGUAUAAAGACAGAUAAAAUAAAUAAAAAGGAUCAUGAAGCAAUACUUGACGGUUUAUUAACGAUAACUAAUCAUGCUCCGUCUAUUUCUGCAAAACUUUUAAAAUUUUUAUCAGAAUGUACAUGGUUAAAUUCAGAAAACUUGACACAAAUAUUUGACUGUUAUUCAUUCAUUUUCAAGGAUUAUCUUCGACAAGAUCACAUGUUGGUUAAAUCUGAGCAAACCGUUUUCGUGGCAUCUCUUUAUCUUGUUCAACUAUCGGUCGAUGUAGAUAAAGUGUUACAAUUUCUGCAAACAAAGUCGGAUAAUUCACCGUUUGUCAGUGAUAAUAUUUGCAUAUCGUACGAUCCUAAACUUGUUUUGAAACCCAACGAAGAUCGUAUUAUAACAUACAAUCAAAUACAGAUUAUCUCAAAAUUUCUGGAUCACUGUCAACCACUGCCAAUAAAAAUGCAAACCUAUUUUCAGCUGUUGACGCAUGAAUUACGAAAUUUUGAAACUCUCGAGACUACUGGAUAUCUGUUAGUAGAUAAAUGGCUUAACCAUUUCAAUAUUCAUCACGAUGAUUCAAUUCUACAUACUCUUGCAUGUUAUGGUGCAUUGUUAUUGCCACAAAUUCAUGUUUGUAAAUGUCAAACAAUACAUAUUUUAUGUUAUCUACUUUCAAACGAUGAUAAUUAUUUUUCCUCAAGAGCACAUUAUACACUCUCAAAAAUUUUUAGACUCAUUUCAAAUACAAAUAGAGAUGUUAUACUCGCAUUACUACAACAGUGGAUCUAUUACCAAACAAAAUCGGCUAAUGUAACUUCGAUUCUAACUGCAAUAUUAAACGACUGUCUGAUCGAUGCUGUUGAGGAUUUAUCAUAUUUUAUGUCACUUGAAUUAGAUAGAAUUCGUUUACUAUCAACAAUAAAAAGCAAUGGUAUAAAUUUUGUUUCAACGAAUGAUAAGUACAAAGAAUUUCAGUUGCUAGAGUUGGAUUUAAAUGUAUCCAUUGUAGACUGGAUGACCAAAUUUACAUCUGAAACUUUGAAGUAUUUUAUUGAACAUCUAGAACUACAAAAUUCAUAUAUAAAUACCAAUUUUACUCAUACUAAUACCGAAAUUCAUCAACAAUAUUUGAUUUCGUUACUAAUUCAUUGUGGAAAAAACUUACUUUCAGAUUCGCGUAGCGAACAUCAACAAGUGAUUGAAGUCGUCAAUCAUAUUAUGCUAACAAACAAGAGUUUAUCAGUUCAACAGUGUGCAGCAUUUAUUCUAGGUUUUUGUAGAGUAUAUGAAUACAAAAAAAAUUGUUUAUAUAAAAUUAUUAAAUCUGUUUCAGAACAAAUUAUAACUGGUAAAGAAAUUGGUUAUUCUGAUGAACUUAUAGCGAUGUGCAUACGAUCUCAUUAUAAAUUUCAUCAAGGGUGCGACAAUAUUUUAUUAUCACAGAUUCGGGAUAAAUAUAUCUCAACAGUUGUUGCUGAGGCAGCUGAAAUUGAAUUAGUAAGAUCAACUCGUCUAUUCAAUCAAGAUACCGAACUCACAUAUAAAAAUUUAAUGAUAUCAAAUACAAAUUUUUAUGAUAACAAUAAUAGACAUCAUGAAGAACUGCUAGUAGAUUUAAUUUUGAAAUAUACAUGGCUUCUAUCUAAAUUCGUUGAAGAUUUGUAUGAAAGUAUAAAACAUUUUACAAAAAACGUUGAACAUGGUUAUGAGACUGUUUCUUACAUCCAUUUUGGUCAUUCAGAAUAUAUUGAAAUUGCAGCUGUUUUAAUGAAUAAAUCACCAGCUGCAUUCCGUGUUGCUAUAAAGGAAAGUUCAUUUGGUGAAGUAAAAUUAAAAAAUCAACUAUAUUAUGCAAGUAAACAACAUGAUUAUAAACGUCGAUGCUCUUGCUUGAAAGUUUUAUCAAAAUACGGUGAAUUGACACAAAAUCUUUUGGAUAUGAUUAUAGAUGCAAUCCUAUCGAAUAAUAAUGAGUUAAAAUCUUGUGCAUUUGAAUGUAUAACAAAUAUCCAUGAAACAAAUCGAGAUAUCAUCGAAUAUUUAUUGACAUAUUUAAAAACAAAUAAUUUAGAUAAAAAAUAUUUAAUUAUUAAAAUAUUAGUUAAUUUAGCACGUAAUAAUGUUAUGUCUAUAAAUGAAGUACAAGAUGUUAUAGUUGAAACUAUUAAUGAUCCUAAAUCAAAACAUAAAUUUUGGGAUGCAACAACAAAUGAAUAUUAUUCAAGAUUAGAUCAUAUUUUGUAUAUUAUAUUAAUUCAGUUAUCAGAUGCGUCUGUGGAACAAUCACUUGAACAGUAUGACUAUAAAUACCUAAUGAAUGAAACACCUUUGUUAAAAGACUUUAACGUAGUGAAAAAUUUCGAUCUUAAUUCUGUGAUAUUAAUUGAUUGA